UUAAACUUCAUAAAUUAGGGAACAUCCUUGUUAGCGCAAUGUGGUGGGAUGCACCUGCACAACUUCUUGUUUUACCUCUGGCCAUUUAUAUUUUCCCAUGAGUUUUCAUGGAUUUAAAGACUCAAGUCAUGUUUUAAAGCAGGAUUUUUUUGUUCUUGGGUUUACGGGGUAGCAUCUGGUCAACGCUGUCUUGGCCAGGAAGGGUAUCCAGCCUGCAUGGACAGGGCAACAUUCGCCUGUUCCACUGCCUUUUUUCGUGACUACAGCAGUUCAUCUCAGGGCACAUUCUGCGGAGGACACGUUGACUUUAUUGAAAAAGUAGAAUCGUUCACUUACUCGGACUUUUUCCGGGAUUAUUUGAUUCCCAACCACCCCUGUAUUUUCUCAGCUAAAUUCACUGAGGAGUGGGGCAGCAGGAGAAACUGGGUUACUUGGGAUGGAAAACCUGACUUUGAUUAUCUGCUGCAGAAGUUUGGAGAUGCUGUGGUACCUGUUGCCAACUGUGAUGUCAAGGAGUACAAUUCUAACCCGAAGGAGCAGCUCCCUUUCAAGGAAUACGUAAAUUACUGGAAAGAGUAUAUUAAAAACGGCUACCGGUCGUCCCGUGGGUGCCUUUAUCUGAAGGACUGGCACCUGAGCAGAGCUUUCCCGGAGCAAGAUGUUUAUACAACCCCUGUGUAUUUCUCAUCCGACUGGCUGAAUGAAUACUGGGAUGCUGUAGCUGUGGAUGAUUAUCGGUUUGUCUACAUGGGACCUAAAGGUUCAUGGACUCCAUUCCACGCUGAUGUCUUCCGUUCCUAUAGCUGGUCAGCCAACAUAUGCGGGAGGAAGAAAUGGCUGUUGUACCCCGCGGGACAGGAGGAAUACCUCAAAGACCGCCAUGGCAACUUGCCCUUUGAUGUGACUGCGCCCAGUCUUCAGGACAGGAGCAUAUACCCUCGCUAUGACCAAAGCCAACCCCCUGUUGAAAUCGUGCAGGAAGCAGGGGAAAUAGUCUUCAUCCCCAGCGGAUGGCAUCAUCAGGUUUACAAUCUGGAGGAUACCAUUUCCAUUAACCACAACUGGGUGAAUGGCUGCAACGUGGCUAUAAUGUGGUGCUUCCUGCAGGAUGAAUUAGCAGCUGUCCAGCGGGAAAUCAAUGAAUGGAAGGACCCUAUGGAUGAUUGGCACCUGCAAUGCCAGUUGAUCAUGAAGUCUUGCACAGGUAUAGACUACAAGGAGUUCUACAACUUCCUCAAAGUUAUUGCGGAGAACAGGAUUUCUGUCUUGGAAAACGGCCUUGAUGACGAAGCUUCGGCAAAGAACACUCCAAAAGCUGCCAUCUCCACCUUGGGCAUGCUCCAUGCGGUGUUUGAUUUAAAGAGGGCUGUGAAGGUGUUAACAUCAUUGAGUGCUAAUGAAGAUUUCAAGAAACUAGACCUGACGUCACUCUCUCCACCUCCGGAGGCAUUACUCCACCACUUGAAAGCGGCAAUAGAUACAGCGCUGCUCUAACUUCCUAUUUAUUCACUUCUUUGUAAGAUGAACCUUCUGCAAAAGGAGUGUGUGGAAAAGAUGGGCUCCUCCCUGUUUAAUAGCUGUUGCAGUUUAAGUACAAAGAGCUUUAAUGGAGAGUGAGGAGAGAGUACAUUCGUAAGACUGAAUACUUUUUAAGUUGACGGUGUUUUGAGUAUCUAGUGUGAUUGAAUAGGGGAAAAGAAAAAAACCGACCACAGAUAAAAGAAAAACCCAAAUCAUGCUCAUAUUAUAAUAUGAAGGGUGAGUUUACAUUCAGGAAAGGGCAACAGAAAUUGUCGGUGGAUCGAGCUUAAGUCUGGCAAGGCUGAACACCAAGAUUACAGCGGUCUGCACCAAAUUUCCUCUAUAGGGGCAGCAAACCUGCUCUGCAGGCUCCAGCAGUUAAGCUCCACUUUGUCUGAUCAAACCUAAGCUGCUUUAAGACCUCUCCUGCUUCCAGCUGCAGCUCAAACUUUCUUUUUUAAAUAUAAGAAGAGCCUAAUUAGUUUGCGGCCCUUGAAGCUGUAGCCUGCAUGUGGAAGAGCUUGACUGUGCUAUUAAUAUUUUCCUGUCCAGUUGCAUCUCUUUAAAGCUUAAAGUCUUGGUUAGGGCCAGACUUUGUACUGCUGUAGUGUCUGCAGGAUUAAACUUAACAUAUCAGGAAGCUGGAGUCCUGAUAAGCAAAUCUGUCACUAAUAAUUAAGCAUGUGAUCUGCCCAAGCUCAAAAGGAAGAACUUGAAUGUACUCUCACAUUUCUCUCCACGCUACUUCCAAGGCACAGUGUUUUAUCAAUCGGAUAUUUGAUUAAUCAGGGAAGCUGGCAAGUAGCCUCAUAUUAUCUCCUAAAGAAAAGCCAUGCUGUUAACACACCAAAUAGCACUACUGCAUGGUUACAGAGCACAAUUUACAACCUGGAUGCUACCUUUGGUUUAAAAAGAGUCCUUCCAGUGAGUAUCCCUCUUGUUUUUACUGGUUGGUGAGAAAGCCGAGAAGCACAAAUGGCUGCACACUGUUACUUUAGUUGCUCCGUUAGGGCUGACUUGAAUUAUUGCACAAGAACCUCCUCAAUUUUCAACCAGUAAGAGCAACUAAGAACCUUCUGUUUAGAAAGUGCAAUAGUAAAAACCUUCAGUAGGCUGAAAAAUCUCCUUGUUUUCUAGGUAGUCCCGUGGAGUUUGUACCUGCGUGCAUUUUGCAUGUCCCCUUUUUGUAGUAGAAGUUCUGCAUUUGGAGUAGGAAAUGGUACCUGAAGCUAAAAUCAAUACCCAGAGCAUGGAAGAACGCAGUAUGGAGAAAACACACUUUUCUUCUUUCAUUUUUUUAAACAGCUGUGACUACAUCUUAGUGAUUCAACCUUCUGGCAGGAUCUUUCUUUGGACUGGAAAACCGCCAGUUUUUAACAACUCUGAAAUUAAAAGUUCACAGCUGUUACUUAUGGCUGUUUACAUUCUCAAAGACAGGCAGCUUGAGCUUUCUGCUUUAUAUUAAUAAGGUGGGAUUUCAGAGAGGUGAGGAACAGUGGUUUAAAAUCCUUCUAUCGGUGGGAACGCAUGGGUUUGGUCUUGUACUCACCAGUCUCACUGCAUGCUGUGUAACUGGUAUUGGCACUACCCACUUUAAAUACUGCAAUUUUAUAAAGGGUUUGCUUAGAUGAACAGGUUUGGUUUUGUUUUUUCAUUCCUGAAGCUGGAACUGCUUGGCUUGGCCGCAUGAAAACAGUGAAAAUACAACAACUUUUGCACUGAGAACUCAGUAUCUCAACAGACCCAGGACUGGUUUAGACACUGGACUGUCCAGCAGAUGCCAUCCUGGUUUGGAUGGAUGGCACGAGCUUGCUGUGAUGCAGAAAUUCUUUCUUUCUCAGGCAAGAAGCAUCAUUUCUGCAGUUAGUUCCUAUUCCCUGGGGAGCACCGGUGAGGAAGACGAUGGGACAGUGUGGUAAGAUGGCUAAACCGUGGUUCAAGUAAAAGAAAAUGGGUCUCAGCCACUUAUUUUCUCAUCACCUGAGCUGUCUUUGCACUGCAGCAUCUUCAGCUCUGAAGAUGCGUAACACCCUUCAUAAUGCUUGUUAAAGCUUAUUGUGAUAGGAUGGGGUAAAAAGUCAUAGUUUAAUUGCAGGAAGUGAUUAUAAAGUUUAAGCCAUGGCCUCCUUACCGAUUUGUCAGGGAACAGAAGCACAAAAAUGAGCUUUAUCGAUGCAGUCUCUUCUUACAGUUACAGUAGGAAACUAAUAGGUAGUUUUAAUUCCCCAUUGCCACAAAUGAUCAAGGUAGGAGGGGAGCCACAUAUGUUGUGAAGUUAAAGAGGGAAAGGAAAUUACAAGACUGGAAUAAAACAUAUGCAAGCCUGUAAUCUCUCUUAAAAAUUAAACAGCUUUAUUUAAAUACAAAAUUACUGUAAAACAUCCAUUAAGGUACUUUCAUACCAAUAUAUUAACUAUUGUAAUCAAUGCACUAUUUAUUAAAGCAUAAUACUUGUGAUAAACAGGA